CGCGGCAACGUCCUACGCCUCGGCCCGACUCGAAAUCGUCCUCGCUACGCCGUCAAACCCAAUCAACGUGUGGCAUUGGAUAGUCGUGCACCGCGAAACACCGGCUCACUAUCACACAGCCCGCCGUGCGUAUUCUGCAACUUCGCGCGCGCCGCUCGUCACCUCAGUGAGGCCGUCAUAAAACUUCGAUUUGGACAGUUUUAUUGCUUUCGGCCACGUGUCAGAACACAGGUUUCAGUGUUGUGUUUGUAGGGCCGUUAUUAGCGGAGAUAAACCCUAAUUUAUGGCCUUCUGAGGAGCCGCAUGGACCUGUUUCACGGCCCUUGGUGUUGACCAGUGACUACCGUCAAGUACACGUUGGAUUAGAAUGUAAAUAUCGCAGUAGCGGAAAAUACGUGUGCACGAACCUUCGAAAAUGAGUUCUUAUCAGUUCGUGAAUUCUUUGGCGCAGUGUUACGGCCAGCAACAGGCUCGGCCUGGGGGUGAACCGUCAGCUCAUCAGAGUUCCACUCCAGGAAGCGAUUACUACAAUCCGAACGCGACAGCGACCUCAAGUUAUCCCCCGGCUUGUUACUCUCCUCCUCAAGUAACUCCACAAUAUCCCCAGCAUCCCUACGCCGCUCCAGCUCCUGGACAUGGCUUGCAACCCACAAUGGGUGAUUACACCCAGCUCCAACCCCAGAGACUUGGAGGAAAUGCUCCAAGCAGUCACAUGCACCACUCAAACGCAGGCACUCCAAGUCCUGCAGUUUUAAACCCUUCUGCUAGCUGCAAAUACGCAGAUACUACCCCAACAUCAAAUGUAUCUUCUCCCCAAGACUUGAGCACAAAUGGCCCUCCUAACGCCAGGAAUUCGCCUCCUUUGAGCAACACGCAAGCAACAAGUAACAGCAAUUCCACGAUAACCUCGAAGAGCUCGGGGUUAACGUCGCCUUUGUCUGUUAGCACCUCUCCAUCAGGAAAGGCUGCAGCAAAUUCGACAGUGUCGCAGAAUUUGUCGUCGCCAGCUUCUAGCACUAGUUCUACUUCGAGCAACGAGAAGCCAAGCAGCAACAAUAACAAUUCGAAGAGUCCCACGAAUCCUCCACAGAUCUAUCCUUGGAUGAAGAGGGUACAUCUUGGACAAAGUACUGUAAACGCCAACGGUGAAACGAAGAGACAACGGACUUCUUACACCCGCUAUCAGACGUUAGAACUGGAGAAGGAAUUCCAUUUCAAUCGUUAUCUGACGAGAAGGCGUAGGAUCGAGAUAGCACACGCUCUGUGUCUGACAGAACGACAGAUAAAAAUAUGGUUUCAGAACAGAAGAAUGAAAUGGAAGAAGGAACACAAGAUGGCCAAUUUCCACCUGGCUUCUCUCCAGGAUGAAGGAUAUGCAUUCCAUCAAGCAAUGGGGAUGGGUGGCAUGGGACCCAUGCAGCGUGGCUUGUACGCGUGCGGCAGUCCCUACAGCUAGCCAUGGGCCGCCUAUAACGGAGACUGCGGCCCUUCGUAGGCCCCCACACGGAUCCCUGGGUAGUCUCCGGUCUGUAGACGUCAACACGAAAACAGGGUUCUGAUCGACACGACAAAAUGGGAAUAUCACGAGUUGUCCGACAAAAAGAGAAAUGUGGCAACGAUGCUUCGAUAGUAUUGGUCAUAGGUCAUAUGGUAAAAAGGGAUAUAUAAAAUAUGGAAGUAAUUUAAUAAUAAUAGGUGUAUUUAUAACCAAAAUAGAAAGGGCAGGUAGAAAUUUAAUUUGAAAUUUAAGUACAGGAAACGUGAUGUUAUGAUGGUGAGUAGCGAUAGACAGGUUUUACAGUUUUUGAAGCUUAUCGUUAUCGCUAAAUUCAACCUUAGAUUGAAGGCCAGCAUUGAUGCUGUGAUAUCUGGCGUCCAAAAACCUAAGCUUGGUUACUUUCCUCGGAUGACAGAACGUUCUUUUUUUGUUAACUCGGAGUCUAGAUUUCUGGCAAUUUGAUAUUCUUAUUUAUUUUCAACUCUUGGCUGAAAGAAAUACAGUACCUAAAAACUAGAUCCACAUGUAUUUUCUACACAAAUAUACAGGAUGGGCAUUAAACCCUUCAGUUGUUCUAGGUAAUUUCAACAACUUUCCUCAAAUCUCAAAUAAUACAGUGUAGACUGUAGGAUGUACAAUGCGCAAAACUUCAUAUAAUUAAAGUUAACAGAUUUUAGACAAGCUUUAUAUUCCAAUACUCGCUUUGCUCACCAAAGGGGUUGAUUUACUUAGGAAACAGUUUAUACAUUCUGUUUAUGAGCAGAAUUUAUUCGAAUUAUUGAACUCUAUUUUGUUUUUCAUUUUGUUGUUUAUCAAUUAGUUUCUUCAUGGCUGAAACCUGUUUGAUAUAUUUGUAAUAUAUCAAAUAUUCGAGUCAAUUGAAUUCAAGAAACAAUUAAUAAGUCUUGAAUGAUUUUAAAUCCAAUGAAAAGCAAAAUAUUGGAACAAAAAUAUGAAUCCCUAAUCCAUGUAUAACAUUGAAUACCCAUAUUUCUCUGAUGCCAUAUGACCUAUUAUUGAAGAGACUCUUAUGUAUUUGAGUAAUGAGAAAAAAAUUAUUUGAAUGAGUUCCCCCUCCAUCAAGUGUCUCAGAUCCUUCGUUUUGACAGAUGCAGAUGCUCAUCUCAAACAAGUGCCAAUAGACAUUUCGGUGAUAUUGGUUAAAACUAAAAACAAUCAAUGUGAAGGUUAUUUUAUAAGUGAAGAAGGACUUAGUUUUGAUAAAGUGAUCAUCAAGUAAUUUCCAAUUAUCCGCAAUAUUAACAAUUUUCUAACCGUUUUUUUGUUUUGCUCACAUGUUAUCUUUUUUUCACCAAACCUUUUCCUGUCCGAUCCUGUGCAAUAUUGUUAAAAAUUGAUUGUUCCUCGUUCAUUAAUGCAGACUUUUUGAUAUGGUCGAAUUGAUACUGUGAAAAUUCUUAACUUCGCUCACUAAGAAUUUAGUUGAAAAGUGUGAUUAAAUUAGAGUUUUAGGUAUUGUUAGUGUAUAUAUUAGAUGAGAGACCCACACUCGACUACUGUAAAUAAAUUGCCACUUAUAAUUUAAGUUAUUAUAGGGAUUAUUGAGCAAUGGCUGACUCACUGUUGUAAAUAUUAUCAAAUUUAACUAUAUAAUGAAAAAAAAAAGAUCAACAACUCGAAUUUCAUUGUAAUCGGAAUUUGUACUAUUUGAUGCGAGUUGUUUGUAUCAAAAUACACUUAUUUUGUUCAUUCUGAAUUAGACUAUGAUGAGAAACACCGUACUGAUAAGUGGAAAUGUAUAUUAUGUUAUGUAUAUUUGAGCUCAAUAUUGUUUUCUUAUUAAUUUUAUUUGUUGCUUUAUUUAUGUAUUUGUUAUUGUGUGUGUGGCAAGCGUACAAACUAGAUUGUAUAAAAUCCUACUAUUUACUGUUGUAAUUGUCCAAUAUGAAUAAACUAUUAAUUCUA